UUUUUUUAGCCAAACAUGCCAACUUGUUGCAUACUUGGAUGCGGUAAUCGCAACAUAAAAGGUUCCAAAAUUUUCAUGGCUCGCUUUCCAAGUGAUCCGGAAAAAAAGAAAUUAUGGAUUUCUAAUAUAGGCAGAACUAAUUGGGAACCAAAAAUUAAUUCAGCUGUAUGUGAGAAACAUUUUGCAAGUGAAAUGUGGGAAAAAAUACGAGUUGACGGAAAGAAAAAAUUGAAGUUAAACGCUAUACCUACAAUUUUUUCUCCUCGGGAAAAAAGUGGAACAUAUAUUACUACAACGGAUCAAACUAAUAAAUCUUUGCAAACACAACCUAUAUUUGGAACAUUCCAUACAGACAAUAAUGAGGAAAAAAAUAAUGAGUCUCUUGGAUCAGUUCCUUCAAAUAAUUUGGAAGAAUCAAUUACUUUUCACUCACCGGAACGAUCGAAUUCUUAUGAUUACUUUACUUAUACUUCAGAAAAAAAGUACAACGAUGUAUUUAAUAAAGUUAAAUGUUUAGAGGAACAACUACGAGAAAAAAAUAAAAAACUUGAUUUAGCCAACAAAAUUAUUUUGAAAAGUAAUAAAUCUAAUAAUGUGUUAAAAAAACACAAUAAGAGAUUAACUAUAAUGAAGAACAACUUAAAACAUCACGUAAGCUUGGAAUCAGCAUUAAAGAAGAUAUUCAAUGAUGACCAACUAGAAGCUCUCACGCGUCGAUCCACACGACGCCACAUGUGGUCUAACGACACUAUUAAAAAAGCGCUCCGAUUAAAGUUUUCCUGCGGUUCUAACGGUUAUCAACAACUACUGAAGAAAAAAAUGCCUCUACCGUCCGAACGUACACUUCGAAGAAAAUUGGAAGGUAUCAACUUUGAAGAAGGGAUUUCCAACGAUGUUUUUAAAUUGUUAGAAGACAAAGUUGCUUUAUUUAAAGAUAGUAGGGAAAGAGAUUGUAUGCUUGCAUUAGACGAAAUGAGCAUUACACCGGGAGAACAAUUAGACUCAGCAACACAGUCAUAUUGUGGAAUUGCAUCUUUUUGCACACGUACUGAGUAUAACCAUGAAUGCGGAUUACCUAGUGGUAUCCAAAUCGUGUUAUUAGAAGUUGUAACGCUGGUGGUUUUCGUGCGGUGCGGUGGGAGUCAGGAUACGCCUCAUAGCUGA